CCAAGUUUAUUUGACCUUGAUUUUGCCGAGGGCCGGACGACGACGACGCCCAAGUUUCGUUUCUUUACUCAUCCCAUCCCAUCUCUCAUCUCUCAGGAAUGUCCGCUUCGGCUCCCCCAAUUCGGCCUUACCUUCCAUCACUCGCCUCAAUCCAAUUCCCUCCCAGCACUGCAGCAGGGCUCCUCCAUCAAUCAUCAUCUUCUUCUUCUUGGCUCUCCAGGGUCCAGCCCAUCCAUCCAUCCGAUCCGUCCCGUCAGGCUAUGAGCAGCUGCCCUUGAGCCCCUCAUCAGUUGCUACCAGAUGACUGUUCUAGGUGCUGGUGAUCACAAACAUAAAGUUGUUGGUGGUGAACAACUUGCGGCUGGACGACCCGAUGUGAAUCAUGAGAACAUAAAUGGACAGUAUUCCUUUGACCACAUGGAAACUUCAAGCUCUGAUUCAUAUAAGAAGUACUACGGUGCAUCAAAGUCCAAUUGGCAGUCAAGCUCACCUCCUUCCACUGAACAAAGGGGGCUUGGCCUUGGAGAUGAGCAGAGAAAUGGUUCCUCGCGCCUGCCUUUUCGCUCAGCAGCAGUGCCAUCUCAAAGAAGACCGUCGAGACGUUUCACCGUUCCCUUUGUGAAGAAGAAGAUGGAUUGGGGCUCUCUGUGGGACAAGUCUAAGGAGUGGAUCAGGAACCCCAUGAACAUGGCUCUUUCCAUCUGGAUUGUCGCUGUCGGAGUUUCAGGGGCUAUCCUCUUCAUGGUCAUGACCGGGAUGCUCAACCGUGUGUUGCCAGGGAAAGCGCAGUGGGACACAUGGUUUGAAGUGAACAAUCAGAUCCUGAACGCUCUGUUUACUCUCAUGUGCCUGUACCAACACCCAAGGAGAUUCUACCAUCUUGCGCUCUUAUGCCGGUGGAGAGCCGGCGACAUGCUUCAGCUCCGUCAGACAUACUGCAAAGAUGGGACUUGCAAGCCCAACGAGAGGAAGCAUAUGAUGGUUGUGAUCCUGCUGCUCCACCUCAACUGCUUUGCGCAGUACGCGCUGUGUGGCCUCAACCUUGGCUACCCAAGACGGAAGCGUCCUGCGGUCGGGGUCGGCCUGACCAUAUCGGUUGCGAUCUGCGCACCGGCCGUUGCCGGUCUGUACAGUAACCUCAGUCCUCUUGGCAAAGAAUAUGAGGCCCAACCUGAGGCAGAUGAUGAAGAGUCACUACAGAGCAACUCCAAUCCGCAGCUCCAACGGGAAACCCUUGAAAAGAGGUAUUCCUUGGCAUCAAGAUCAAGAGAAGGGGAAGGGGAAGGAGAAGCGCAAUGGAUCGGCGGGUUGUUUGAUCUGCGGGAUGACAUCUCGCUAGCAUACCUCUCGGUGUUCUGCAGCUGCUGCGUGUUCGGGUGGAACAUGAGCAGGCUCGGCUUCGGCAACAUGUACGUCCACGUAGUGACGUUCGUCCUCUUCUGCUUGGCGCCCUUCUUCAUCUUCAACCUCGCGGCGAUCAACAUCGACAACGAGGCCGUCAGGGACGCGUUGGGGCUGGGAGGCAUAUUCCUCUGCGUCCUUGGCCUGCUCUACGGUGGUUUCUGGAGGAUCCAGAUGCGCAGGAGGUUCAGCCUCCCUGCAAACGACGCCUGCUGCGGCAAGCCUGACCUCACGGACUGUCUCCAGUGGCUCUGCUGCUACUCGUGCUCUCUUGCGCAGGAAGUUCGCACAGCCGACGCCUAUGAGGUUGUGGAGAGAUGCUCAGAUGCCCAGUCAGGUCCCCUCAGGUCUGCAGGUGUUUUCGCUUUGCCGCCUCCUGGAGCUGCUGCUGCUGCUGCAAGAUCAGUAAACGAUGGGGUCACCGUGCCCCCUUCAGUGUCAGUUAUACAUAAGCAGUAGUAGUAACUUUGGUAACUAUAUAUCUCCGAGUUCUGAUGAUAUCGAGUUCGUCCCACAGCGUGCAUACACGAGCAGGUAGCUUUCUUGUGCUUCCAUUCUUUCCCACAUGUGUAGCAGAAUUCAUAGUCGCACCUGCAACAAGCAACAGCAGAGACACAACAAAUGUUUUGGCAUGAUGACAAACUUUGGAGCAUUGGGCACCAAAGAUUAGUCGAUAGGAAACGGAUUUUCUUGGCAUUAGUCACACGAUUAUGCAAUCAAAGAGUGAAGAUAAUGGGCCUUACACGCAGGUCAUGUGGUAGCAACCCUCUGCAAGCUCAAUGAUGAACAUCUCACAUGAGGUGCAGGCGGUGGCGGUGGCGGCAGGGUGGAAGGAGGUGGUGGAUUGAGUAGCAUGAUAGCAUCUCUGGGCUGGAGUGGACUAGACUACUCGCCACUCGCCCGGUCUGAUUUGGGAAGGAAGAGGCGGCAGCAGCAGCAGCUGGAGGAAGAGAGAGGAGUGGAGAGGAUGACGAUGACGUGGAUUCACUCCCCCUCCAAUCUGAACGACGAAAGCAGCUCUUGUACUGGAAUAGGACUAUCAAGUGACUGGCUAUUUUACCACCUCUACUCCCUUGCCGAUAGCGAGUUUUAUUUUUUAACUGCCAAUGAUGGUACCGUGUCUAAUCAAAUUUGAACAUGAUAUUGUGUGGUAUUUGGACUAAGGUCGAGCGAAUUGCCUAGACCCUAC